AUGUCAUCUGAACAACUUACUUCAAUCCAGGAUGUAGUCGUGUUUGACGUUUUUAAAUUGUACAAAGAUAUUUCCGAAAGAGUGUGGAACUAUUCAGAAGAUGAAAAUAUUCAAGAAUUCUCGAAUUUCUUAAUUUCACAAAUUGAAUCCAAAAUUAUUUCAUCAAAUUUUGUUUUUAAUUUGAUAUUUGUUGUUUCUCUAUUUAGGCCGAGAAUAAUACGCCAAAUGAAUCAGAUUACUUCAAUAAUUAGCAAAAAAUAUGUAAAACCUUAUCGUGAUUUUGCAUCAACCGCAUCAUUCACAAAUCUCAAUGUUUUCAUAUCUCAGAAGAUAUCAAAUAUAAUAUUCAACGAUGAUUCUGAUGCUUUAAACUCAUAUAUUAUUAAUUCAAACGGUGAAAUAAAGAUUGAAUUUUUGAAAGAAGCAUGCAGACUCGGAUCCAUUAACUGCUUCAAAUACUUGAUUAUGAAUUUCGAUGGUCCAUUGGAUGACCUUGCAAAGUUUGCAGUUGCAUCAGGAAAUCUCGAAAUCAUUCGAAUUCUUUCUCAAAAAGGAGUUGAUUUCAAUAACUGUUUCAAGAUUGCAAUUCACUCAAAUCAUAACGAAAUUGCAGAUUGGCUUUUGGAAAACAAUAGCGAAAAUAACUGCAGUAUAUAUGAUGCAUAUGUUGCGAAAAACUAUGAAGCUAUUUCAUAUUUCAUCAACAAAGGCGUUGAACAAAAUGAAAACGUAGACUUUUUAGUUUUCAUGGCAUCAGAAGAAAAUUGUUUUGACAUUGUUAAGUUCUUACAUGAAAAAGGUUAUUCCAUAUCAGGUAUUAAUGUAAUUCAAUAUUGUAUAUAA